GCCCACGAACAACAAACUCUUCAAUUUUCCUUCAAAAUCUCUUAAAAUACCCAAAAUUAUGUAUAAUUUAAUAAACACAAUACUUCUUCUAUACACAGCCUGCAUAAUUCACAUAUCUCACGCUGGAAAGGCUACUUACGUGACUUGUGGGUCUGUUGUUAAGCUUUUGAACGAAGAUGGAAAUGUCAGAUUGCAUUCUCACGAUGUUAAAUACGGUACUGGGUCUGGACAGCAGUCUGUGACUGGUACGAAGAUUCAGGAAGACUCUAAUAGCCAUUGGCUUAUUAAGGCUCCUACAGGAAAGGAAUGCACUAGAGGCGAACCUAUAGAAUGUGGGUCUGUAGUACGGUUGCAGCACAUGGCAACGAAGAAGAAUCUGCACUCACACUUUUUCCAAAGUCCUUUGUCUGGUAAUCAGGAAAUCUCAUGUUACGGAGACUCUGAAGGUGUUGGAGACACCGGUGACCACUGGAUGGUAGUUUGCUCAGGAGACAAGUGGAGACGUGACCGCAGUGUCAAAUUGAGACACAUAGAUACACAAACUUACCUUGCCACCUCCGGUAGGACUUUCGGUCAACCCAUCAGUGGCCAAGCUGAAAUAGUAGGUGUCUCAAACCCCCAUGGCGGCUAUGUCGAUUGGAAAGCUGCAGAAGGUUUAUAUAUUCAUCCAAGUGAAUUUGGAUCUAAUUAUCGCUCUCCUGAUGCUGGAAUUCAUACUGAGUUAUAAUCUAGGAUGAAUUAGAUAAAUAAAUAUUAUAUGCCAGUCGUGUGUGUGUAUGAGAGAUUUUUGUUGUGUGAAGAGUACCUACAAUUUAAUGACAUUAGAUUUAUUGUAAUUAUAUGUGAUUUAUGUUUUAUGCACAAGUGUU